AUUGCUGUACAGGUCUCCUGCUGCUCACUCUGACGUCCUUAAACAUCAUCUGCAAUUUAAAACUGCAAAAGGAAUUCUGACUCCAACAACUUAGCAUGAAGCUCCACUGUGUGAUCCUGGGCGCUCUCCUUCUCCUGCUGCUGGGGGGCUGUGGCAGCACACUCAAGACCUCUGCCAUCGACCUGAGGACCUUCAUCGGCUGUGCCGUGCGGGAAUUCACCUUCCUGGCCAAGAAACCCGGGUGCCGGGGGCUGCGGGUGACCACGGACGCGUGCUGGGGGCGCUGCGAGACCUGGGAGAAACCGAUCCUGGAGCCGCCUUACAUCGAGUCCCACCACCGGAUCUGCACCUACAACGAGACCAAGAUGGUGACGGUGAAGCUGCCCAAGUGUGCCCCUGACGUGGAUCCCUUCUACACCUACCCCGUGGCCAUCCGGUGUGACUGUGACAUCUGCUCCACCGCCACCACCGAGUGUGAGACUUACUGA